GCCUGGCCCGGUCAGUGUUAGUUUUUGCGCGCACCGCUUCGACGUUACACGCUCGUCGAUCUGUACAUAAUACCUACACAGUAUUACAUUGAUACGAUAUAAUAAUACACUGUAAGACGGUGGUAAAAUAUUUAUUUUCUUACAGUAUACGUCCUACAACAGUGGUGUGUACAGAGCUGUAAACUUUACACACGGAAAAACGUCGUUUCGCACACUUUGGUGACUUUAACGCCCCGAUUUUUUCCGAACGGGACUUUGUUUUUUUUUUUAGAUUUUUUUUAAUCAGUUUGCCGAACGAUGCGCUGACAUCGCCGCAAAAGUGAAUCUCUGUCUAUAACCACACUAAAGAUUGUCUAUAUGUGCCCCAAAAAAAACCGUCAGCGGGCGUAACGCCAACGAAACACUUCGGUUCCAUGCGAUCUCGUCAACAAGUCUCACGCGCAACACACCGGCUCAGAUUUCGAGUGAAAUGAGACGGCUCAAAAUCAUAUUCGUUUAUAAGCUGACAAUUUGUGUACUAUCAUGGUUUUUGCUGGUAGGAGAGCUAGAUGCAUUAAGAGGGUCCGCUGUUGUACUUCAAGCAAAAUCCAAAGCGGAGAAAAAAAUUUCGGACGAUGAAGUUAUUGAACUCGACGAAAAUGGCGAGCAAAUCGUCAGUAACGUCACCGUUGUGUCCACAAAGCCCACGCUGACAGGCAUACCUCAGAUAGACUACGUGCAUGACCCGAAUCUCCCCAGGGAACUCAACGGCUACAACUUGACGGACUAUCCGUUCCUGAACUCGGUGCCGGAAGAAAUAGAAUUCAAGUGCGAUGGCCUGCACGACGGAUUCUACGCCAGCGUGCCGCAUAAAUGUCAACUGUACCACCAUUGUUUGUUCGGCACGAGGUUCGAUUUCUUGUGCGCCAACUACACCGCGUUCGAUCAAAAGACGUUCAUUUGCCAUUUCGUGUCCCAAAUAGACUGCAACAGCUCGCCAAAAUACUUUAACCGAAACGAAGCCCUGUACAAAGCGGCCGAAACGACCACGACUUCCACGACUACGACGACCACGACCACCGUAGCUCCGCCACGACCACCGCAGCAGCAGCAGCAGCAGCAAUAUCAACCGCAGUAUCAACAACAGCCGUACGAAGGUCGCAGGGUGGUGGCCGGAGGGUAUGCUCAAGGGCGGAAACGUAGGCCGCCGUACCGGAGGCGCAGACCUAUCUACGAAUACUACUACGUGGACGAUGAGUACGACGACCAAGAGUACUACGACGAUCCGGUGGAGCACGUUCCGAUGGUCAAGAAACCCACCAGGAAAAGUUCCAGGCUAAACAAUUACAAGCCAGUGGAUUUGGAAGCGGAGUACGCCGAAAGCAGCUCCGAGUCUGACCGUCCGAACGACAACGAACCUGUGCAACAACAACACCAACAACAACACCAACAUCAACAACAAGAACAUCGAGCGUCGUCCGCGGUCAACACGAAAAACGCGUCCAACCAGAUAACUUCGGUGUACGACAAACCCAGAGCGCCGCCCAAGAUAAGGCGGCCGGUGCCCAUCAACGAACGCGACCGGUACGAUUACACGGCCAGGACGGGCGGCCAACAGACCGCCGCGGUCGCCCCGUCCACAACGACCACCACGACGACCAGUACGACGACGACGACGACAGCCGAACCGCCGGGCAAGUCCAAAGGAAAAAUACCGCCUCCGCCAACGGCCGCCGCCGAACCGGAAUAUUACGACGAGGACGAGGAGGAAUACGUGGAAGAGGAAACAGCCGGCGCCGGCAAAGUGGAGUCGGCGGCCAACGCAAAGGGCGCGCGGCCGGACGACUACGAGGAAACGGACAGAGUGGACAAACGUCGGCCGUCGUCCUCUUCACCGCCGCCGCCGCCACAGCCACAGCAGACACCGGCGUCGUCCAUCAGAUCUAAAUUAUUGGCCAAAGCGCCGGUGGCCAAGUCGCCGCCACCGCCGUUUGCGGUGUCGCUGAGGAAAAAACCGGUGGCCGAACGGGUCGAAGAGUACGAGGACGAAGUGCCGGCGGCCACGCGACAGGCCACCACAAAGCGGACGACCGGUGCUCACGCAAUGAGACCGAAGGGACCGGUGGUGAGGUCGUCGGCGGCCGACGAGGCCGUCUACCAUCAGCCGCCGAGGGUGAGCGCCCGGCACGCGUCCAGGCCCAGAGCUCAAGCCGACCAUUACAAACCGACGAGGAUGGCGAGCAGAAGACCCGCCAGGCCCGUGUACGAGUACGCCGACGAGUAUUACGACGAAUGAGUUACAAAUAUUAUCGUUUUAAUUGGAUUUUAUUUUAAGGCUAAUGUGAUUAUCAUCGAAAAAUUAUGUAUAUUAUAUUAUUAUUAUUAUUAUUAUUAUUAUAUAUUAAGUAUUAUAUGUAUACUAUAUAUAAUAAUUAAUAAAUAA